GGAAUUUUAUUUUUCCUUCUCUUCUCUCGCUGCAACGCAAGAGGUAGAGGGCUACACUCGGAGACAAAAAGAGGAGACGGACGGCGUCGGAAACCGUCUGUGCUCUCCCCCUUUUUAACUUCUCUCACUCCCAAUCUCUGGCGGCUUUUUUCCUCCAGUUUCUCGUCUCCGCUUCGCCCCCGCGAUUCCAAGGUUCUAUUUUUUUAUUGAAAGAUGAAUUGCUGUAUAAUGGAUCUAACUUUUAGACUGUCAGAAAUUGAUUAGCAUGCCUCCAAGCUUUUAUCUGUAGCAGAUAUAUCAUGGCUCGGAAGGGAAACCAACAAAGAAAUGGUCUAAAUCGCAAUGGACCUAAUUACAAAAAUGUAGUUUCAGAGAUGGUGAAUAAAGAAAAUCUAAAAUCACAUGAUGGGAAGAUUGCUGAAGAAGAAGCAUCAAGUAGUCCUACUUGGGAGGGCAAAAACAAUACCAAGGGGAGUGGUAAGAAAAACAAGCAGAGAUCUGCUGGUGUUUCUUGCAGAGGGAAGUCAGAUGAUACAAACCCAAAUUUAUCACAAACAGUGGAUACAUCAAGUAAAAUAAGAGAUCCCGCUGGAAGUGACUUGUCAUCGGGUGCUUCUGGAUCAAGAGGAAACAAUGAAAUGUUCAACAACGGUAAUCACAAUCAAAAGAUUUUGUCAAAUAAUGUGGCUGAGGGUAUUCCUGUCGAAAAUAUGACGGAAAAUAGCAGUCUUUCAGCUGCGGUGGCUGCUAAGGAUCUAAGAGCUGUGGCUUUUUAUGUCUUGAAAGUGACUAGUGAAUGGGUUGAACAGCAGAAACCACGGUUCACAACCUUUGUAGCUGUUUUACAGAUGGGCCAUGAUUAUGUCCGUCUUAAAGUUGAGCAUGUGUGUCCUAUAAUUUUUACUUGGAUUUUGUAUUUUGGAAAGUUGAUCCUUCUUCUAUCAAUGGUUUGGCUGGAAUGCUGCAUCAGGGGUCUUGAUUCUUUAUUGCGUUUGGGGACAACAUCCUUUUUCACUGUAAUAUGGUGCAGCAUCCUCUCAGUUAUUGCCAUGACUGGAAUCACAAAAUUUCUUAUACUCAUGGUGAUUGCUGCUUUAGUGGCAAUUUUCAUUGGUCUUGGACUUGCAAUUGUGAUAAUUUCCAUGUUUGCAACGGUAGUUUUGUGGCUUUAUGGAAGCUUUUGGACAACAGGGGCUGUCAUACUUCUAGGAGGCAUUGCAUUUGCUUUGAGCCAUGAACGUGUUGCACUUCUUAUCACCACUAUAUAUUCCAUGCAUUGUGCGAGAAGCUAUGUAGGAUGGCUUGGUCUUCUUUUGGGGCUUAACCUGUCUUUCAUUUCCAGUGAUGUUCUGAUACACUUCCUACAGAACAAGCUAAAUGAGCAUAGGUCUAAUGACCCUUCAGAGCAAGCCAGGCAUUCACAGGGUAGAUCGGGUCAUUGGUACAGUGAGCCUUUUCAUUCCUCACAGGCAGAGGAUACUUCUCAAUCUGCAUCUGAGAGGUCAGCUGACCGGAGCACAGGUGCUCCUUCAACCAGUGGAGCCGAGGCAGAGUUAACUUCAGAAGAUGAAGUUCUUCGGUUGUUAACUUGUACUGAUCACUAUUCAGCUUUAGGUUUUACUCGCUACGAGAACAUAGAUGUUUCUGUACUCAAAAGAGAGUACAGAAAAAAGGCAAUGCUAGUCCAUCCUGAUAAGAAUAUGGGCAAUGAGAAAGCUGCAGAAGCAUUUAAGAAACUUCAAAAUGCAUAUGAGGUUUUGCUAGAUUCUUUGAAACGAAAGAUGUAUGAUGAUGAACUGAGGAGGGAAGAACUAUUGAACUAUUUUCGAAGGUUUCAGAGUGCUCCUCAAAAGAAGGGAAGGCAUGGUAUUUUCAGAUCUGGAUAUAGUCAUGCUGAAGCUGAAGAUGAAGGGAUUUAUGGAGAAUCAAGAAGAAUAGCCUGCAAAAAGUGCAGUCAGUUCCAUGUCUGGGCCUGCACAGAGAGAUCAAAAUCCCGAGCAAGAUGGUGUCAGGAGUGCAAAGAUUUUCAUCAAGCUAAAGAUGGUGAUGGGUGGGUCGAACAGUCCUUUCAGCCCCUUCUGUUUGGAUUGCUGCAAAAGAUGGAUCCACCAUGUGCGUAUGUUUGCGCUGGAAGCAAGAUAUAUGAUGCAACGGAAUGGUUCAUCUGUCAGGGAAUGAGAUGUCCUGCUAACACUCAUAAGCCGAGCUUUCAUGUAAACACCAGCCUAACAAAGCAACCCAGUUCCAAAGCAACCACUUCAGCUCACAGAGGAGGUGGCGGGAUGCCGACCACCAACAUGGAUGAGACAAUGACGGAGGAAGAAUUCUUUGAGUGGUUACAGAAUGCUAUGCAGUCGGGCAUGUUUGAAACUAGCAACAUGUCAAAUGAGACCCCUUCUCCCAGAAAUGGCAGCUGUUCCAAGAGCAGCGUGAAGAAAAAGAGGAAAGGGAAGAAGCAGUGGUAGCUUGAUGGGGACAAGGUUGUUACCAAGGGAAGGGAUGUGACCUUUGCAUAUGGAAGCAGGCAAAAUAAGUCCACAAGAGAAAUAUGUUGAGGUGUUAGCAAUAUGUGGAAGGCGCUCUUGAAAGCAUGGACACACCUUGUCUUGAUAGCUGUUAAAUUGCUUAUAAUUUCUUUUUUUUUUCUUUUUUCCUCAAGAUUUUGUUUGAGUGAUAAUUUUGCAUCCACAGGGGAAAGAUAAUUUAAGGUGGCAAUAUAUGCAACCAUAUAUAUGGGUUGCUUGAAAUGAAAGUGAAAAUUUUAGUCGCUA